AUGGCACUAGAUCAACGGAUGACAACGCGAGAUAAACGUCUCAUGUUUGUAGCAAGCCCACUGCAUGUUUUCUGCAUGACGAUCAUGUUGUGUGGCUUGAUGCCGCCGAAGAGUACGUUUAUGACAGAGGCGUUUCUUAUUUCACCAUUGUUAUCACCGCAAUUGCCAAAUUCAAGAAUAGGACACGAUGCAAUUGGAAAAAUCUGGUCUUUCAAGAGCAAAGAGGAUGAUAUAGAUUUAGAUAUCGCGGUAGAAAUAGAAAUAGAAGAAGAAGAAGAUGAUGAUGAUGAUCCCUUGAUCACACCGUAUGGAAACCAAACGCUGGCGUGGACCAAACGAUAUCGCAAGCUAGUCCCUUACGAAGCCGCUCGUUUGACGGCCAUGAAAUUGGGAUUGCGAUCCAAGGAAGAAUGGGAUGACAUUCGGGAAUUUGGAAAGGCCUUUCACGGAGCCCACUUGGUGAGUCGACCAGACGAACUCUAUCGCAAGGAAUGGAUCAGCUGGGAAGAAUUUCUUGGGGUGAUGAGACCAUAUUCCGAAGCCAAGCAAAUGGUCCAAGAGGAACUGAAGUUACAAUCUAUGGAAGAAUACAUAUCCUUUGUCAAAGAAGAUAUCAAGCGGGCCGAAAGUCUACGGAUCCCCGCCAAGCCAGAAAUCUACUACAGAGAUAAAGGGUGGACUGGCGAGGAAGACUUUUUCAACUAA